AUGGGGGUGGGGCAGGGGGUGAUCGGUAUUCUCACAAACAGUAAAACGUCUGCAUUUGAAUACACACAUGAUUAUGAGGAUGAGAUCUGUCGCAAAGAUGAAGUUAUCAAAUUUGGAUCUAUUGCAAUUCCCUUGUUCUACUCUGCUGUCGUCACCCUAAGUUUCAUUGGUAAUGUAAUGGUUAUCGUAAUUCUUGUGAGAUAUCAAAAUCUCAGAUCCCUCACAAACAAUUUCAUCCUAAACUUGGCUCUGUCGGAUUUAAUAUUCACCGCUGGAUUGCCGUUUUGGGCUUGGUAUCUCAUCUGGGGAUGGACAUUAGGCGAGACAUUGUGUAAAGCUGUGAGCUUUGUUUUCAACGCAGGAUUUUACAGUAGCAUACUGUUCCUCACACUGAUGACCAUUCAGCGAUAUGUAGCAGUCGUUCGUCCUCUGGCUGAGCGAAGAGAGAGAAGAUUAACCGUCAUCAGUGCUGGGUCCAUUCUUGUUUGGGUCCUCAGCGCCUCUGCGGCCACUCCAGCUUUGGUUUUCAGUAAAGUUAUACCGGACCCGGAAUUUAAAGAAGCCAGACUUCAUUGUGAGUUUGACAGUAUUGAAAUAAGACAUAUCAUGACUUACGUGCAAAACAUAUUUUUCUUGGGUUCUUUUUCCAUAAUAGGAUUUUGUUACAUAAAAAUACUACGUACAGUCUUGAAGUCAAGAACCAAGAAAAGACACAAAACUGCUCGACUGAUCUUCACUAUCGUGAUGUUGUUUUUUGUUGGAUGGGCGCCGUAUAAUAUUGUUCUUUUUUUAAAGACGUUGAGCGAUCGACAGGUGUUCGGGUUAAACGAGUGUAUUGUCAGUAACUCUUUGGAUUACGCACUCUUCGUUUGCCGGAUGCUUGCCUUCUCUCACUGUUGCCUUAACCCGGUUUUCUAUGCCUUGUUGAAAUUUCGAGAUCACUUGAAAUUAACUCUGCAUAAAAUUUCUCCAAGUCCACCUUGUAAGGACUCUUUCCAUUCCAAGAUGGCUAACUAUACACUGCUGGGGGUCCUUCUGCUGACUGACUCAUUCUGA